GAACAUGGUUAAGGUUGUUCUGUGAUUUUAUUUAUGAAAAAGAAAAAAACAAACAAAUAAAACAAGAUAUAUAGUAAUACAUACGCUAAGAACCUAAGCAGUUGUGAUUUCAGUUACAUCAGAUUAAAUAUGGGAGAGAAUGAGGGAGCUGAGAAAAAAGAGAAGCAUGAAAAGGGUGACGACGAGAAAGAAGAGAAGGGAGAGGAGAAAACCAAAGACAGGAAGAAGAAAGACAAGGAAAGUAAAGAUAAAAAGGAUAAAGAAGAUGGUGAGAAGGGGAAGAAGAACAAGAACCCUGAAGAUAAGAAGGACCCUGCGAAGCUAAGGGCCAAGCUACAGAAGCUCGACGCCAAGAUGGAGGCACUGUCCAAGAAAAGGGAGGAUAUUCUUAAACUUCUUCAAGAAGUUGAAAUCAAUGUCACAGAAGCAAGUGGAGAGGCCGUCUAGACAUGCAGGACCAGCCAUGUCUAAGACAUAAUAUGCAUUGCUGCUGAUAUUAUUCUUCGUACAGAAAUAAUUAGUGUAUGUAACACUAGUUGUACCUGCUGUUAUAGCUCAAUUCUCUUGUGAUAUGUAAAAUUAUAAUGAAGUACAACCAUGCACUUUGAAUA